AUGCCUUUCCACUUCCUACCUAAUGCCAAUGCCCCGAUGAACUUGUCGGAGAACGACCGUCACCUCUCACGUCUGAAUGCCAACGCCAACGGGCAAGACACAAACUCACUCUUUGACACACUAGGCACUAGCCGUGGACACGACGAAGCUUCUCCAUGGAGUGCCUCCUCAUCAGGCACUGGUUAUCAAUCCUUGACGCUCCCUCCCAUCAACCCCGACAACAAUUUCGACCGUCUGCCUCCCUUCGACUUUGAAAACGAGUUAUUCUACGCCCGCUACUCCCCCAACCCCUUUGAUCGCCCAGCACCAGCACCGGCACCAACACCGACGUCAAUACCAACAUCAAUACCGCCGUCCAACACAAACGUACACUGGCGCGAGGAAGAAACCCAAAACGGACAAGAACCGCCACCUUCAAAUCAGCAGCAAGCGCGUCGGGCUGCUCCAGCAGUCUCACAAUACCUACUCUCUGGAUCACCGGAACCCGAUCCUUUCGCGGACAUCCUUGAUCUAGAUUUCCUUGGACCAGACUCGCCACUGCCCGAAGAUAUGCAAGAACGAAAUUCCUCCUCCUUCGUCGACCUCACCGGAUCUUCUCCUGUGGCACAGACCGCCAUGGCACAAAGCAGGAAACGCAGCGCUACUACACCUGAGGAGGGGAGAGUUAGCAAGGCUUCUAGGACCAGCGUUUCGAAGGGACCGAGUGGCUUCAAGGAUGACUUGGUGGGUACACUUAAUUUAGUGGACAUCGAGACCAAUGAAGAAUAUGAGGCUCAAAAGGCGAAAGAUCAGGCUGAGCUUGUCAAGAAGCAAAACCAGGAAGAGGCUACGAGAUCGAUCAAGUUGGGGGAAUUUCAGUGCAUUAUUUGCAUGGAUAGCCCGAAUGAUCUGACGGUAACCUUUUGUGGUCACUUAUUCUGUUCCGAGUGUCUCUUCCAAGCACUCAAUGCUGGUGAUAAAAAAUGUUGCCCAGUCUGCAGGUCCAAUAUAUCAGCACCUAAACCCGGAACUACUAAACAACCCAAAAAUGGCGUCUUCGCCCUCGAGAUGAAGGUUAUGACGGCGCGGAGGAAGGGGAAACAAGUGGCGUUUUUGGCGAAUAGCAGGCACCUUGACAGGACAGGCACUUGA